AUGCCUCUUCGCUCUCUCCCACUGUCCUCUCCUUUGUCCUCCCUCUCCUCGUUGCCGUCCACGCCGUCGACCAUCGCCGCCCAUACCCCGAAGGCCACACCGACCACCUCGCCCAGCAAGGUUGGGAAGCAAGGUCCUGGGAGUCACGUUUCGCCCUCCCGCCCGCACCCGUACUGGAAGAAGAAGCUGAACGAUUGCCUCACAACGGUGACGUUCACCGCUGUCCCCUCCCCUGACCUUGAGGUCGUUCCGUACCCUCAGGACGCUCAUGGGGACCCGGUGCCCAUAGCUGACCUGGUGCAGUACUCGAAGGCGCGGGUCUGGCCAGACCCCAUCAAAUGCUUUUGUGUGCUCAUCAAUGGUAUCGAGCACGCCGUCCGCAUCUUCGUCCCUCGUACGGGUGAGCACGCCGGCGACCCCGUCCUCGCCUGUCCGAACUGGAAUGCCGAUGGCAUUCAAGGCUGUCGCUACUGGGUCAACUUAAGGCAUCUGUUCCUAGAUGGCGAGACCCUCAAAAUCAUGCCAUCGGCGGUGUUCCCCCUCCGUCUGCGUCGUAGCAACAGCGUUACUACCAGGGGAUUUGCCUUCAAGCCCUUCCUCGCCGCCGAUUUCAAGCCCGUGCCGGCCGCUGAAGUCGUAUGUUACGCUUCGCGGCUCGACGACCCUCCUGUCUUCAGCAACGCUCCUCCGCCCGACCGCGCACCUAUUCCCGACGACGCUCCUGUCCCUGACGACGCUCCUGUCCCCGCCAACGCUUCCAUCCUCGAUGAUCCUUCCCUCGACUUUAUGUCUGUUGAUCUUGCAGCGUUUUAUGCUGAACAGAAUGCCGCCCGCGCUCCCACCUACACCGACGACCCCUUCUCGUCUCCGUCGACUGGCCUAGCCCCUAACAGAGAUGUGUCACCCCUCACCGGCCCUCUUUACGAAUUUUCUCCCCUGCCGAUGGCUUUCCCUCCCGCCCUGAGUGUCGCCAUGUUGCGCGAGCCCUCUGUGCCUGUUGCGUCUGGCUCAGGCGCUCAUACCGAUGUCGACGCCGGUAUACCGACGUUCACCACGAGGGACAAGGGCAAGAAUGUCUGCCUUGGAGACUACAUAGUCAACACCAUGCCCGGUGCUGAAGGUGGAUUUGUCCCGGAUGACGACCGUGCUGGGUCUCCUGCCCAUGAGCAGGAAGACCCGGACAACGCUGAGAACCUCCCCAUCCCCUCCGUCAAUCAGGUAGAUGCCAUGUGGCAUCAGCUUUCGAGGCCCGGUGGUCAGGGCCUCGGAUACCGCCGUUUUAUGACUAUGUGGGGUGGUUGCAGGUUCUGCAAGAAAAUCAUGACCAUAACCAUCUUCCUCGCCCACGAUUGUACGGCCGCCCCUCGUCGCGCUGCUGCGCCUGCUGCCCCCCUUCGUGCUGCAGACCUAGACUCAGCUCCUGCUCAGGGUGAAGCUAAACUGGGGAAGCGCAAAAUUGUGCCGGUGCCGGAUUCGCCCCCUCCACUAGUCAAACGCAUUCGUGGACCCGCCGGAGCGCUCCCUCGCAUGGGGGAUGCGUGCGCCACUUCUUCGCGCGCCGCACCUCAGGCUCUCGUCCCGCACCCUAUCCCGCGUACCGCCCCUGUCGUGCCGCGCCCGCGCUCCCUGCCUCUCAUCCCGCGCUCCCUGCCUCUCAUCCCGCGCUCCCUGCCUCUCAUCCCGCGCUCCCUGCCGGUGGCUGCGCACGCCACUUCUGUGCGCGCGACACCCGUGGUAGCCCGUGUUGCACCUGCUGUGCGUAGCCUGCCCGUCGUCGCCGCACGCACCGCUUCUGCCAUCGCCGGCCCCAGCAGCGCAACUGCUACGGCCACAGCUGAGGAGUUCCGCGAGGUCAUAGACGCCGAGACCGGGGAGGUGACUUGGGAGCUGUUUGAAGUCUAGUGUAAUGUUGAAGGCUCCGCGCGCCCUGAUCAUGUAUUCCAUGCACCAAAGUGCUGCCACGCUGUACGAGUCCGAUUACGAUAUCUUGUAGAACAUGCGAUGCUGUCCAAAUGUGACGAAUAUACAUUUGAUAUUGUACCUGGC